AUGCUCAUAGUUCUCGGCCUCCUAUAUUUUUCUCGGCACCUGACCAACGCGGCGCCCACGCCAAUUAUCCCCACCGACGCCAACUCUCCCAUUAUACUACCGACAUGUCUUUGCCCAUCCAGCCGAACCAUUUGGGACAUUGUCUGGAGCUGCGUUGUCACUAUGUUCGCUUGCACCUGGGCUUCUAUGCACCCCAACAUUCCCGCUUCGGGUGAAGGAUGGAUAAAAAAUACAUUGAGGAGGAUCGAGAUGAUGUUGUGGGCAUUGGUCGCGCCGGAAUUAAUAAUAAAUUGGGCGGUACGCCAGUGGAUUGGCGCUCGACGCCUCCAACGUAAAUUCAGCGCAACGUGCAAGGAAGGCGUGGAAUGCGUAGAGUGGACGAACACGCAUGGACACUUCCUCCAAAUGGGUGGAUUCAUGCUAAUGGACUCCGAAUACAAGAAGCUCGGCGUCAUUGACGCUUGGAAGCUGGAAUCUUUACUAGCCGAAGGAAAAAUUGACUUUCCGAGGAUUACAAGGGAGGAAAUCGAAGACCACAGUAGCAGUGACGUCCUCUCCAACUGUCUGGCCAUCGGUCAAGCCGUGUGGUUUAUUGUUCAAUGCAUCGCGAGGAAAAGACAGGGUCUCUUCCUCACUGAGCUGGAACUCGUGACUUUGGCGUUUGCUGCUCUCAACACGUUCAUAUAUAUUAUGUGGUGGGAUAAACCUCAGAACGUCGAAUGUCCUGUGCCUGUCUAUUUACGACUUGAAGCUGGCCCAAAGAUAUUUAUACCCGAAUGGAAGCCUACGACGUGGUCCGAUUAUAAACGCGACACAAUUGCGCACUUCAAGGCGUGGUUUUCAGCGGCAUAUAGAUCUUUAACCUCCACCGAUUCGGCCGGGAGCCCAGACGAGGUCACAUAUGGAACACGCCUUUCUAGAAAGCUUUCUGUGUCACUAAAUAUCCUCCAUGCACCUUCUGCCUUCAUUGGCGCCAUAAGCAGUAGCCUGCGUGACCUUCUUGACAAACAUAACGUCGAGGAAGGAGACAUGGGGGUUUCAAAGUUUUACACAUUCUACAGCUCCCACAGGGUUUAUCAAGCACGGUUUUAUGCAUUCUCCCGCGAUGUACCGACGUCCACGGAUGUACUCCAACUCGUCACGACAUUUCUCAUCGGGACCCUAUUCGGAGGUAUCCAUUGCUUCGGCUGGGAUUUUGAAUCCCCAUCUUACGCCGAGCACAUUCUAUGGAAGAUCUGCUCACUGGCCAGCUCCUGCAUUCCUCUCAUCCGGCUCUUAUUUAUCGUUUCCUUCACCUGGCAAAGCAAAUUUAGGGCCUCUACAACCCAGCGGGGCGGGAUUGCCCAAGGUUUUGUGGUUCUGGUUUGGGUGGCCUCAUUGUUGUUUGGCUUGGUUGGCGUGCCGGUUUACAUACUUGCACGUCUUGGCCUCUUAACAGAAGCUUUCAUCGCGCUGAGAGCCGCACCAGAAGGAGCGUAUGAGAAUGUACAGUGGACCCUGUUACUUCCUCAUAUUCAAAUUUGA